AAAUAGUGUAACUACCAAAGUACCAACGGUCCAAAACCAGCCAAAAGUGAAGGGAAGGAGGGUCUUCAGACAACCCCUCAAUUCAUCUUCAACCCAACCAAAAAAAUGUCAGUGAGAACUUCCAUCAAACACCUGCAGUGCCACCAGUCCCAGUCCCCAGUCCUCAAAGCCCUGACUCGCUCUCUCUCAUGGUCGCUCUCCACCCCGCCGCCGUCGCCCAAGCCACCGCCAUCAAAGCUAGACCAGCAAGACCCGUACUCGCUCCUCAAGCAAGACCCAAUCGAAAUCUGUUCUUCUCUGUGGGUCAAGUCAUUCUCUUCCCCGCCCACCGUCGCCUUCCCCAACCUCACCGGCUUCCUCUCCAAAUUUGAUCUCUGGGUAAUGGCCUACCAGCGCUCCUGCGCCCACGUGACCGGCACGUUCCCGCCCCGCAGCGCCAUCCACUCCCACGUCCUCCAUGACCUCCUCUCCCUCCGAAACGCCGUUGUUCGGGGGAGUUUCUCCUGGAACAAGAAGACCCAGCAGUACAUUCGAAGCCCCAAUGACAAACCCAGCAAAGAGAUGGUACCUAAGCGUAAACUCCAGGCUAUGCUCGAGGCCGACGAGCCCUGCUUCCAAGACCGGGUCGUUCAGGAGGUCCUUUUGAUGAUAUUGGAGCCUGUUUUCGAGGCCCGGUUUUCACCAAAGUCCCACGCUUUUCGACCGGGAAGGAAUGCCCACACAGUUAUUCGGACCAUCCGGAGCAACUUCGCCGGGUACUUGUGGGUUCUGAAAGGAGAUAUCAGUGAGAUUUUUGACAAUGUGGAUAGGAAUUGCGUAAUGGGGUGCUUAGAGCAGGCCGUGAGGGACCGAAAAAUAUUGGGUUUGAUCCAAUCGCCUGUCGGAGCACCGAAUCGAAAAAGGAGUGAUGGUAAUGAGGAAUGGCGGAAGAACAGAAAGAAGAAGAAAGUGGCUAAGAAGAAGAAGACGAUUUUGAACGACAAGGAGCCGAAGCCGGACCCGUAUUGGCUGAUAGCGUUUUUCAAUUUUGCACCUGAAGAGGCUGCUAAGGUACCUUCUUAUGGACAUUGUGAAAUUUUGAGUCCUUUACUUGCUAAUGUUUGUCUUAAUGAAUUGGAUCAGGUUAUAGAAGAUAAAAUAGUUGAGUUUUUAAGGCCAUAUAGUCUCGAUUCUAUUUGGAAAACUUUGAUAAACGAUGGUUGUCAUAACCCGUCUUGGCCCGAGUUUGUUCUUUCUUGUGGGAAUGAGAAAACUAGAAAAAUGGAUUGUAUUUGAUACGGGGGAUAUUUCUUGAUUGGUAUUCGAGGGCCCAGAGAGGAUGCAAUGGAUAUUCGUAAGCAAAUAAUCGAGUUUUGUGAGAGAAGAUUUGGGAUAAGGUUGGAUAACUCCAAGGUGGAGAUUGAGCACAUAACUAGGGGAAUUCAGUUCUUAGACCAUAUAAUUUCCCGCAGGGUUAUACACCCCACGCUUAGGUACACAGCCACUGGAGGCAAUGUUGUGAGCCAAAAAGGUGUAGCGACUCUGCUUUCGGUUACUGCUAGCUUACAACAACGUAUUCGCCAAUUCAGGCGGCUUGAGUUUGUUAAGGGCGAUAAAGAUCCUGAGCCACUGCCCUGCACUCCAAUGCUUUACUCUGGUCAAGCUCAUACCAAUUCCCAGAUGAAUAAGUUGUUAGAGACCAUGGUUGAUUGGUACAAGUAUGCUGAUAAUCGCAAGAAAGUUGUUGGGUUUUGUGCCUAUGUUAUAUGUAGCUCUUUGGCUAAACUGUACGCUGCAAGGUAUAGACUAAAAUCACGGGCCAAGGUGAAUGGAAUAGUUUCAUGCGAUCUCAGUCGUCCACUGAGGGAGAGCAGCAACACUGCACCCGAGUAUUCUGAUCUAUUGAGGGUGGGACUUGUUGAUCCAAUCGAAGGUGUUCGGUUCUCUCACAUGUCUCUGAUUCCAUCUUGUGAUUACUCCCCUUUUCCUAGAAAUUGGGUACCCGCUCAUGAGCAGCUCUUACGUGACUACAUCAGACAUGAAGGCCCAAAAUUCUUUUGUGCCUUGCAUAGAUCGAUUAAACGAGAUGGUUUAAUUUUGCCUUAAGAUGAGAUAUCUGAAAUUCUGUGGGAUUUCAAAACCCUUGGGGUUCGGAACUAUAAGCUUAGGGAAGAAAGAGAAACAAGAAAAGAUUGUGCCUCAUGAUUCAUUCUAUUAGAGAAUGGAAAAUGAAACUUGAUCGAGAGUUGAACGGGGUAGGGCACCUGCUUGGAAUGCUUAUAGUGUCUGUUUCAUGAAUGGAUGUCAACUUUCCAAUUCUUUCUGAGUCAAGCUGCUUUUAAAUUGUUGCUGGACUGCUUGGAAUGCUUAUAGUGUCCGUUUCAUGAAGGGAUGUCAACUUUCCGAUAUUAUACUUCUUUCUGAGUCAAGCUGCUUUCAAUUGUUGCUGGACCGAAGGACUAUGCACGAUUGAAGGUGAAAAAAGCAGGAAAGGACCAGAUUUCAGCACAAAUGUCAGAAGUGAUGAUAUGGAUUAUGGACCAAGUUUCCUUCAAUGAUUUUCCUUAGUGUGGUUUGCUUAGCAAGAAAUCAUUUCCACAAUAAAAUUUAGUUCUCUGAUCCAAGCCACCAGUAAUUGAGGACUCGAGUGAAGUUUAUUGAGAUGCUUCUGCGGAUUCGUUGUUGAAUUUAAUGUUGAAGUAAGAUUUACAGUUUGAACAAAUGGAUCGAGAAAGGAGGAUUUAUCAACUGUUCCUGCCAGAAGUCUGCGUACAUCUGAUAUGCAUUGUAAAUUGAUGCUAUUUUUCUUGUAAGAGCCGACACCAGGGUUUUGUUCUUUCGUCCUUCACAAAGUAUAAGGAAUUGAUUCAUCAAGACGAACUUAUUGGGUGAGGAGCAAUAUAUAAUCCAGUACAAGCUGAUAACACCAGACUUUAUUAUAUGUACGUUAAAACUUAAGACUUUCCUGAAGACCUAAGUAGUAAAAGCAAAGACUUCAGUGCUUGUCUUUCGGAUCACCCUCAGUUAUCAUCUUUGUCCUUAAAUGCCGAAGCUGGGCAUGUCCCGCUCAGGCCAUUGGUUUCCUUAGCGGUCCAACCCUUGAGCUGCUUAAUCCCACCUUUCUCAACCACCAUUGUGAGCUCAGCAUUGUAAAAGAUGGUCUUGCCAGUGGCCUUCAAUUUGUGCUCACUCUUUCUUCUUUUGCUUCAGCCACACAAAGCCUGAGGGCCGGUGGUAGCCUAUCUCAUUGAUGUCUGCUCUAAAGAGGUCUUUGGGCAAAGCGAGUUCCUCCAGCAGCUCACGGAGCUUUUGCUUGCACAGAGAUUCACCGUGGUAAAUCUCAACGUUGUUUCAAUGACUUUCGAUUAGUGUCGAAGAAUGGAAUUGUUUGGGAAGGAUCAAGAGCUGGUGGUGGGAGGAAAUUAAGUGCAGGAUUGGAUUUAUAAUUUAUGCAAAGCUGUGGCUGCAAAUUGCUUGCCACUGAAGUAACAGAAACCUAACUCUAAAUGUAGCUUGCUACUUUCUUGAAAAGUGGUUAUUACUAUGA